AUGGCGGGAGGAGACUUUGCUGCUUCCGCAGGAGGGAAUAAAGAAUACCCUGGAAACCUUACGGGUUAUGUUUUCUUCACUUGUCUUAUUGCUGCUUGUGGUGGUCUUAUUUUCGGAUACGAUAUUGGUAUCUCUGGUGGAGUUACUGCAAUGACACCAUUCCUGAAGGAGUUUUUCCCAAAAGUUUACAGACAACAAAGUGGUGCUGAAUCGGCUAACCAGUACUGUAAAUUUAACAGCGUACCGUUAACACUAUUUACAUCAUCUUUGUAUUUAGCAGCUCUGGUAGCAUCAGUUUGUGCCUCCACUAUAACUAAGAAGUUCGGACGCAAAAUCACAAUGUUUCUUGGAGGUUUAGUUUUUCUUAUUGGUGCUGCCAUCAACGGUGCUGCUAUGAAUAUUGCAAUGCUUAUUAUCGGACGUAUGUUGCUCGGUAUCGGUGUUGGUUUUGCUAAUCAGUCUGUGCCGCUAUAUCUUUCAGAGAUGGCACCAUAUAAAUACAGAGGAGCACUCAAUAGUUCCUUCCAGUUGAUGAUUACGGUUGGAAUAUUUGCAGCGAAUUUAAUAAAUUUCUUUACGGCCAAGAUGCCUAAUGGUCAAGGAUGGAGAGUAAGUUUGGGUCUAGCAGGUGUACCUGCAAUUAUAAUGACAGUUGGUGCAUAUUUCCUACCUGACACUCCUAAUUCCAUCAUAGAUCGAAACAAACCAGAAGAAGCUAAGAAACAUCUCCAGCGUAUUCGUGGCCCUGUGAACAUUGACGAAGAAUAUAAGGAUUUGCUUGCUGCGAGUAAAGAAUCUAAUAAGUAUGCAGGCCAGAGCCAGUGGUCCAACUUGAUGCAGAGAAGAUACAGACCUCAGCUAGUUAUGUCCAUACUUAUCCCAUUUUUCCAACAAUUUACUGGUAUUAAUGUGGUUAUGUUUUACGCUCCGGUUCUGUUUAAGACUAUCGGGUUUGGUGAAUCCGCCUCGCUUAUGUCUGCUGUGAUUACUGGUCUGGUUAAUAUGGUUGCUACAUCUGCCGCAAUCAUUCUGGUGGACAAAAAAGGAAGAAGGUUUUUGUUUCUUGAGGGUGGUUGUCAAAUGUUUAUCUUUCAGAUGCUUGUGGCUAUUUUGAUAUGGAUUAAAUUCGGAACAGACGGCGUUGGAACAAUACCUAAAGGGUAUGCGGGCCUCCUUGUUGUCUGCAUUUGUAUCUUUGUGGCAGGAUUUGCUUGGUCCUGGGGUCCUCUCGGAUGGUUAGUACCUAGUGAGAUAUACCCACUUGAGAUCAGGUCAGCAGCUCAAAGUAUCACUGUUGUGGUGAAUAUGUUAUGCACAUUCAUAGUUGCUCAGAUUUUCUUGAGCAUGUUAUGCACUAUGAAGUUCGGAUUGUUCUUCUUUUUCGGAGGUUUUGAGGCUAUCAUGACAGUUUUCGUCUACUUCUUUUUACCUGAGACCAAAGGAAUUCCAAUCGAAGAAAUGUCUAGAGUGUGGAAAAAUCACUGGUAUUGGGGAAGAUUUAUUCCUCAAGAUGUUGAGCUGGAGAACAAGCGCAAAUCUUUGGAACCUUGAAGGAAGGACACGAAGAGUAGUUUUUCUCUUAGU